AAAGAUAAAGAAGAAAAUGAACGAGAUAAGAAGAUUAGAGAGUUAGAGAAGAAAGUUAAGGAGUAUGAAAAUUUUUUAGAAGUGAAAGGAGUAGAUGAAGUUUAUGAGAUGAUGAUGAGUUAUAAAAAUAGCAUAGAGAAAAAGGAGAAUCAAUUAGAUCAUAUGCAGAAGAAAUUUGACAGGUAUAAAGUUUAUCAAGAGGGAGAGAAGAAGAAAUUAAGAGAUAGAAUAGAGGAUUUGGAAAAUGAAAUUUGCAGAAUACAAUUAGGGUUGUUGUAA